AUGUCCACAUCGCAACCACCCGCUCUGCAGACGACGAAGGCUGAGAAGAAGUCGAAGAAGGAAAAGGCCGACUUAAAGAAGCGCAAAAGAGAAGAAGAGCAAAGCAAUGUCGCAGUAGCCGAGUCUGCGACGGGGAAAUCGAAGAAGCAGAAGAUAGAAGAGGUAGCGAAGUCAGAGGAGGCUGCCCCAGUCGUACCAGUGGCCAACGGUGACGCGGAAACCAACCUUACAAUGAAACCAGCAACCAAUGGCGCAAUACCUGAAGCUUCAGCAAAGAAGCCGAAGAAGAGUAAUAAGAAGGAUAAGUUAGCCAAUACGAGUGCAGAUGUUCCUCCGGCGCCAGCGACAGAAUCAACACCGGCGAAGAAGCGGAAGCCGAAGAAGGACUCGGGGGAUACGACGAAAAUACAAGGCGCAUCUACCACACCUGCGAGCGCAAGCUCUUCUGGCCCUUCGAAGGGCAAGAUAAAAGCCUCAGCCCAAGACAAACGUCAAAACAACGAAGCUGGAGCUCCAUUCGACGACGACCUACUACAGAAACAUAGUCCAUUCGUGCAAGAGACACAUUCUAUAUAUCUUGCUCUCUCACCCUGCGCCAACUCUUUCCCGCUAGAAGGCCUUGUGGCUGAACACAUAUCGCCAUUACUUCUGACUUACUACCCGCCACUCAAAGGCGUGGUGCUGAAUUAUAGCAAUGCACGGAUGUCCGAAGGACCGCACGACGGGAAGGCGGACGAUGACGUGGUGAUGAGCAAGGCCGUAGACGAGUACGCUGUGACAUUUGUCUGGCUGACGGUAGACUUUAUGCUGCUGCGACCGAGCAGAGGAUGCUAUCUUGAAGGCUACGUCAAUCUGCAGAAUGAAAGCUUGUUAGGUCUGAUGUGCUACAACUACUUCAGUGCAGCGAUUGAGUAUCAACGAUUACCGAAGGACUGGCAAUGGGUAGAGGAGGACGCACAGGAGGAGAGUCUUGGUAGACAGGAAAAUGGCGGGCACUGGACGAACCAAUAUGGCGAGAUGGUAGAGGGUAGGAUGAUCUUCCGCAUGCGCGACUUCGAUGCCACCGGAUCUGGUGAUCAAGGUGCCCGGAGCCUCAGCAUCGCUGGGACGUUGCUUGGUGCCAAGGAGGAUAAGCGCAUGGACGACGAAGAAAUGCAGCAAGGCCUGAUUAGCGAGAGGAGAAGAUAG